UCAGACGAUGGAUAGAUCAAAUUUCGCAGUCAGACUCAUCCUUUCCCUGGUAUUCCUUCUCUGUUCUCUUGGUUUCUGCCAUGGGCAGUGUCGGAGCACCUGUGUUGGACAAGAGAGCGGAGGACAAUUCCCCCUGUGCGGAGACUGCACCAGGUACAUUGUGUGUGUCAACCAGAUUGGAACCAUCAUGCAGUGCCCCUUUGACUUGGAGUGGAGCGUGGCGACAAUGCAGUGUACCUCUCCGGAAUUGGCUCAGUGCAGUGAUACAACAAGCCUUACAACCAGCCCUACAACCAGCCCUACCACCAGUCCUACAACUAUGUCGAUGUGUGUAACCAGCUGUGUUGGAGUUGUGAGUGGCACCUAUCAGUCGUGUGAUACGUGCACUGGUUUCAUAUUGUGUUUUGCAAAUAAUCUCUUUAACAAUCCGUGUCCGACAGUUGACGGACAAGUUCUUGUAUGGGAUGAUAACCUGAAGACAUGCGAACUUACAUCAAGUACCUGUACAGAAACAAGCCCAACAACCAGCCCUACAACCAGCCCUACAACCAGCCCUACCACCAGUCCUACCACUAUGUCGAUGUGUGUAACCAGCUGUGUUGGAGUUGUGAAUGGCGUCUAUCAGUCGUGUGAUACGUGCACUGGUUUCAUAUUGUGUUUUGCAAAUAAUCUCUUUAACAAUCCGUGUCCGACAGUUGACGGACAAGUUCUUGUAUGGGAUGAUAACCUGAAGACAUGCGAACUUACAUCAAGUACCUGUACAGAAACAAGCCCAACAACCAGCCCUACAACCAGCCCUACAACCAGCCCUACCACCAGUCCUAUCACUAUGUCGAUGUGUCCCUACAACCAGUCCUACGACCAGCCCAACAACCAGUCCUACAACCAGUCCUACAACCAGCCCUACAACUAUGACGAUGUGUGUAGACAGCUGUGUUGGAGUUGUCAGUGGCACCUAUCAGUCGUGUGA